AUGGUUUCUUUAGUAAUGCUUGUUGCCCUCGGUAUCAUUUCAAUCUUCGCCAUGAUGGUCAACCUUCUGGUUUGCUUUCUGGUCUACAAAAAUAAAUCCAUGAGAAACUACACCAACAGCUUUGUAGUAUCUUUAGCCGUUUCUGAUAUUCUUAUGAGCUUUGUCAUGUUUUGUCAAUAUCUCAUUGGUUUCAAGAAUCGUAUUAUCAUCAAUAUUGCAUAUGCAGUCGUCAUGUUCAGCGGUGUUUCUAAUCUAUGUGCCGUCACGUACGACCGUUACAUAGCCGUCACGCGGCCGUUGCGUUACAUGAACAUCAUGCACAGUCAUUGUCGAAAAUUGCUGUUCAGUGUUUGGACGACGUCUAUCGUCAUUUCUGUACUCCCCGUGACAUGGCAUGACAAAGAUAAAAAGCGUGACGGUCACAUGAUCUAUGUCAUGCUCGUUCAAAUCCUCUUCAUUAUUGUGCCAUUCACGUUCAUCAUCAUCAGUCACUGCUUCAUCUUCUAUCAUGCCAAGAAAUGCAGCGGGAAAUGCCGUCGCCUUAGCAACGCCAAUCAACGACGACCAAGUCUAUGGCGUUCCACCACUGAAAUCAAAGUGGCACGCGUCUUUGCUCUUGUGGCAUUUAUGUUUUUGUUAAGUUGGUUCCCAGUCAUUUACUACACGUCAGCUGCCAUAUUUGACCGAGGAAAAAUGGUACCUAGAAUACUACUCGAGAUAUCUCCAAUCACAUUGGCACUGGGAUGCAUCAUCAAUCCUAUCAUAUACUCACUCAUUAAGCCAGACUUUCGUAAGACUCUCAAGAAACUGUUGACCACCAAUGAACACUCAAGGAGGGGGACUGGAGAUAGUUCUGCUAGUGAUGCUACGUCAUCAUUUAGGAUAAUCCAGCGAAAUGGUUUCUCAUUUGUAAGAGGAAACUCUGUAAAAAAGAAGGAAAGCCUAGAAACUGGAUUAUGA